CUCAUAGGAACCUUACAGAGACCCUCACAAACCCAGACACCUACGGACGUCCCCACAGAUGUCCGCAGACUACCCAAACACUCUCACAGAGAUCCAACAAACCCCUUUAAGAGAAGUGAGCCCCCUAAACUCGUCCCCUUUGGUCCAAUGCAGCCUCCUCUGGAGACCGGACUGUUGUUGCCACGGAGACUACCAGGCGUUCCGAUUGCUCUGGUGACGGAUCCCUCCUCUCCCGGCACGGGUUCCAGAGGUUUCAGUCAAGCUCCUCCCUCAACGGCCCCGGAACCCCUCGUCCCUCCCCAAGUCCCCCUCCUCAGAUCUGGCCAGAGCUCCUUUGCGAAUUUCUGCAGGUGUCCAAGUCCCCUCGCCAAGUCGUAGACUUGAAGGCAAGGCCUCUCACUACAUAGCAAGUACAGCCAGGUCUCAUCCAAGAGCCUUCCAUCCCUCGCUAACAUUUCCCCUUCCCAGCUUAAGACGAGAUCCUGACCUAAGGACUUGUAACAGCCAAGACAGGCCCAGAGAUGGAAGCAGACGAGGUCACAGAAGAGCCUCAAACAGCCAUGGAUGCAGAGGAACACCCCUCUUCAAAGGACCCCUCUGCCAAGGACUCACAGGAGCCCCCUGGCCCUGAAACAUCCUUUGAGACUUCCAUCCCUGAGACCCCUUUAGAGCCCCACACCUCUGAGAUCCCUUUAGAGCCCCACAUCUCUGAAUCUCAUAGGACACCAUCUGCUUCCCAGACCCCUUUAGAGAGCCACACCUCUGAAACCCUUUUGGAGCCUUCCAUCCCUGAGACCUCUUUAGGAUACUCUGUCUCGGAGAUCCCUUUGGAAACCCCUAUCCCUGAGACCCUACUGGAGACUCACAUGUUUAAGGUCCCAGAGAAACACCUUUCUUUUCAUACCUCAUCACAAGGCCGUAUCACUGUACCUUCCUCUAAUACUCUGAAGGAAGACCUCUCUGAGUAUUCCUUCAGUGAGGUCUCACAGACAGGGAGGUCUACCCAGAUCUCUGAGUCUGAGAUCCUUCAAAAGCACUCCCUUUCAGGCCCUUCAGCCCAGGUCCACCUGGACACAUCUGCAAAGGAGAAGGAAGAGGAAGGAGAGGACAAGGAACAGGUGGAUGCCACUGACAGUACCACACACACAGCUCAGCCUGGACACCAGCUGGUCAAGAAGAAGGGGAAGAAAGGAGUUAGCCGUCUCCAUAUUGGCUGGCGCUGCCCCCAUUAUCUAUGGGACUGUUUCCAAAUUGGAGAUGAAUCCAAAUGCUUUUGUGGACACUUGUUGAGAGAGCACCAGAUCGUCUCAGACAUAUCUGUGCCCUGCAAUGUGGGCCAGUGCCGCUGCCUCAUGUUCUGCUUUAUCCCAUCACGCCCAGAGGAGGUGGGUGAGUUCUGGCUUAAAAGACGAGCUACCUUUGACCCUAAGGCCUGGAGGGCCCAAUGUCGCUGCAAACACAGCCAUGAAGACCAUGCAGCUACUGGGUCCCAUUCCUGCAGGGUGAAAGGCUGUUGCUGCAACUGCUUUGAGUCUAAUUUCCUCUGUGCGGCCUGUGACCGGCGCUGGGAGGAACAUGAGACUUUCUUUGAGACUGAGGAGACCCGGCGACGAGGAGGGAGGCCUCACGGGACAGACACUGUCAACACCUGGCGCAAGCCUCUCUGAGCCUGGCUCGAAUCAGCAAUAAAGAAAGGGGAAGCCACUGGAA